AUGAAACCGCUUGUGGCGAGUAUUCGCGAGUCGUCUCGUCUCGCCAAGUUUAUUUUAAUGAUUCUGUAUUGGUGGACCAUGGUUACUUCCGAGAAGAAAUUCGCGCACGGUCAGGUCGGGAAGAAGACCCUCGGGCCAGUGCUCGGAAAUCUUUAUAUAAAGACCCUCCCCCACCUCGCCCCUACCGACCUCUCACAAUUCUCUCGCCUUUUCAAGGUUUCUCCGACCCUCUUCCGUUCAGCCCAUAAGCCACAUAGUCUUAUCGCUAAAUCCAACUCGAUUAUGGAAUCGCCAUCAUCAUCGACGACAUCGUCUGCCAAGGCCGAGUCGUUGAUCGGCGCCUUGGAGCAAUAUGGCCAAGGUGAUUACAUUGGCGAAUCUAUUAGCCAGCUCGAACACUGCCUGCAGGCGGCUCAUCAAGCAAGAAAAUCCGGCGCACGGGAUGAAUUGGUGAUUGCUGCCUUACUACACGAUAUUGGGCAGAUCAUUCCGCUGGAGUCGGUCGAAGAAGUCCGCAUGAACCUCCGCGGAAGCACCGAGAAUGUCGGACGCGUAGGUCAUGAAGCUAUCGGCGCGGCCUAUCUUCGGUCUUUGGGCUUCAGCGAACCGGUUUGUCGGUUAGUCAAUAGCCACGUCGCGGCAAAACGAUAUCUCACGGCUGUGGACCGCGCAUACCAUGGCUCCCUGUCAUCAGCGUCGCAGAAAUCCUUGGCAUUCCAGGGAGGUCCUUUUGAAGGGAGCGAGCUACGGGAGUUCGAGCAAGAUCCCCUCCGAGACGAGAUGGUUGCUCUGCGGCUUUGGGAUGAUGGAGCGAAGUUGGUUGGAGUGGAAUCGACUACGCCGCGUGCACGCUCGUAUCUAGACAUGAUUACCGCCCAUUUAUGCCAACAAACGACAGCUGCAGAGUGA